AUGUCGUCGGCUCAACCAUCUGCGUUUGACUAUACGACCAUUGGUCCAGGGAACUUCACAGAGGCCUUGAAUCACCCGGGUCUAAUUUCGGACUGGGACUUCAACAGUUUAUCAUCAGCACUCGACUCUAACGGCAGCAUUUCGAGCCCGGGAGACGCACAUACCUCUGGCGCGAGUAGCUUUGUCAUCACGACACCCGCCGGACUUGGGGCUCAGAACUCCAGAGCAAGCAAUGCUCGGCCUCCAGUCUCCAAGAGUACGAUCAGCGCGCCAGGGUCGGGUGCUGCGAUGCUCACCAAGAUUAUGAAGCUCGAGAGUGGGAUGACGGCUAUGCGGGGUGAGGUUAGCAGCCUUCGCCAAGGUCUUCUAAGCCUGCAAAACAGUGUACAGAACGCGCUCGAUGCGCUGAGGGCAAACCACGAGGCUGGGAUGGAACUGACGAUGCAGGUUGUUGAGGAAAAGGUCGAGGCUGCCUUGAGCGCGAGCAGGAAAGGAGGAGAGAGGGAGCAAGAAGUGGGCGGUGAUGCAGGAGAUGGAAACGAAGCGGACACAGAAGACGACGACGAUGACGACGACGAGGUUAGUCACAAGGUGUCGGAACCUGUGAUGCUUGCGAUAACUCGAAAAGCUUACGAGAUCCUGAUGGAUGUCCCAAUGCUCACUGCUGCCCACCUGCCUGCUUGGCCCGUCGAUGACAGCGAAUGGCCUUUUGCUGACGAUGAAGAUGACUUUGGCAGUGCUCUGGAGGUCGAGGAGGAUGGCAACAAGAAGAGGGUUCGCCUCCUGCGUUUCCGCUGGGACGAGAUGUGUGUUAGGAACCGGAGGUUCGCGUCCACCGCGUCACGGUUAGUGCCAUCGGCAGAAGCACUACCGAAGCGUCAGUAUGGAAUGCUGGUGAGAUAUACUCGAACCAGCGUUCCUCGUCUCUCUUCCCUCACUCGUUAUGCACCACACCGAGUGAGGGUACAGAAUACACUCGUUAUGCACCACACCGAGUGA